AUGUUGCCGAGCCAGGCCGGGGCCGGGAACGGCGCCGCCGCCGCGCUGGCCCGCGGCGCGGGCCUGGGCCGCUCGCCGGUGCCGCGCGGGGCGAACGGCGGCGGCGGGGCGGCGGCGGGGCCGCCCGGGGCCCGGCUGGAGCGGGAGGCGCUGUACAGCGGUAGCGAGGGCGACUCGGAGUCGGCGGAGGAGGAGGAGCUGGGCGGAGAGCGGCGCGGCCUCAAGCGCGGCCUGGCCGAGGCGGCGGCGGCGGCUGCGGCGGCGGCGGUGGCGGUGCCCGCGGCGGGAGGAGCGGCGGCGGCCACGGCGGCGUUCGGGAGCGGCGGAGCGGGCGGCGGGGCGGUGAGCGGCGCCAAGCCCGGCAAGAAGACGCGGGGCCGGGUGAAGAUCAAGAUGGAGUUCAUCGACAACAAGCUGCGGCGCUACACCACCUUCAGCAAGAGGAAGACCGGCAUCAUGAAGAAGGCCUACGAGCUGUCGACGCUGACGGGCACCCAGGUGCUGCUGCUGGUGGCCAGCGAGACGGGCCAUGUGUACACCUUCGCCACCCGCAAGCUGCAGCCCAUGAUCACCAGCGAGACGGGCAAGGCACUCAUCCAGACGUGCCUCAACUCCCCCGACUCGCCGCCGCGCUCCGACCCCACCACCGACCAGCGCAUGAGUGCCACGGGCUUCGAGGAGACCGACCUCACCUACCAGGUGUCAGAGUCGGACAGCAGCGGGGAGACCAAGGAUGUGCUGAAACCGACCUUCACUGUCACCAACCUGCCAGGGACAACGUCCACCAUCCAGACGGCACCUACCACCUCGUCCUCCAUGCAGGUCAGCAGCGGCCCCUCGUUCCCCAUCACGAAUUACCUGGCGCCAGUGUCUGCCAGCAUCAGCCCCAGUGCCGUCACCAGUGCCAACGGGACAGUGCUGAAGACUACUGGAGCCAGUGCAGUGACAUCCGGGGGCCUCAUGCAGAUACCCACCGGCUUCACCCUCAUGUCAGGUGCUUCCCUGUCUCUGGGGACCCCUGCCAUUCCUCUCCCUCAUUUACAGCCGCACUUGCUGGCUCUUUCCAGCCAGCAGGGCCAGGCGGUCGCGGGUACAGCUGGACAGCUACAUCAGGCACAGCACACGGUCUUCCACUUCCCUGCCAGAGCUGGAGGGCAGAUCGUGUCGCUGACAGGUGGCACCAUGGCUCAGCAAGUCCCUGUCCAGGCGAUCCAGGUGCACCAGGCACCGCAGCAAACGUCUCCCUCCAGUGACAGCAGCACUGACCUUACUCAGACCUCUCCCAGUGGAACAGUGACCCUCCCAGCGACCAUCAUGACGUCGUCUGUGCCAACCACCGUGGGUGGCCACAUGAUGUACCCCAGCCCGCACGCGGUGAUGUACGCGCCCACCUCUGGCCUUGCGGAUGGUGGACUUGCAGUCCUCAAUGCUUUCUCGCAGGCACCCUCAGCAAUGCAGGUGUCCCACAGCCAGGUCCAGGAUCAGGGUGGCGUCCCCCAGGUAUUCUUGACAGCCCCAUCAGGCACCGUUCAGAUCCCAGUCUCAGCUGUCCAGCUUCACCAGAUGGCUGUCAUUGGGCAGCAGAGCAGCAGCGGCAGCAGCCUGACGGAGCUGCAGGUGGUCAACUUGGACACCUCGCACAACGCCAAGAGUGACUGAGAGGCCUCUGCUGCUGGCCUUGUGCCGUCCCUGGCUUGUCGUGCUGGGGCUGGCAGCAACUCUCGUACAGACUGCACCAGUUAUUUAUUGUUGCCUUUUCACGUUUCCUUCAUCCACACAUGCACACACACACGCACCCACCCACACACACAGCAUGCAAGGGGCUGCAGGACCCGCCUGGGGAGAAGCUGCGCUGAGGCCGUGCAGGGCUGGGGGCCGUUGGGAUGCUCGUCUCUCGCCAGCCAAAGAAGCUUGUCUCUUGAGGGGAGGGUGUGCUCCGUGCUGUACAUAAAUCCCGGGGGCCUUCCCCAGCUGGAGGCCCUUAGGGGUGCUCACCCUGUCUGUGGGUGUUUGUGUGGGGCUGGGGCCUGGAGCUGUCCUGCAGAGCUGCACAGGCCUCAGCAAUGUGCCUUUGUGGGGGGGGGAUGGGUCCCAGCUGCGGCAGCUCUCCCUGGCCUCUGCAGGGAGCAAGCGGCCUACUUGGACGUGCAUCUCUGGUUGGGUCUGGUGUAUGGCCCCAGCCUCCUCACGUGCACUACAGCAAGGCCUCCGCCCUCAGUGCCUCCUUGCUGGGCUGCCUGGUGGGUUGGCAGCUGCAGCACACAGCGGGUGCCCAGCAGUUCAGCAAGGCCCUAGGGGAGAGGGGGGGCUUUGCUGCCAGCUCAGUCCCGUGCUCCCAUCUCGGCCCUCGUGCUGCUUGUGGACUCCAUAUGCCCAAGGGGGGACGUGACUGGAUCUUUUCCGCAUCCCUCUGCUGCAGCUCCAGCCACCGCUUUCUAAAUUUUCUGAUGCAAGGUGGAGAAGCAACUCCAGUGCCAAAGGGAAGAGUCCGUGGGGCACUGAGCUGCUGGUGGGCAGCAUGCUCCUCCUGGGAGCACCGGGGCUGGAGGAGCCUCAGCAGGGCCACGGGAGAAGGACUGGAGCAUGCUUGGUCCUGCAUGGGAGCUGCUCCCUGGCCCUGCAGGGAGAGCGAGCGAGCAAGGAGCUGCUGCAUCCUUAGGGAGAGGAGCAGCUACUGUAACUUCUUUUUUUAAGUUAAAGACAAAAGAAGCCUUGGGGGGGAAAAAAGAGAAAAAAAAAAAAGAAAAAAAAAAAAAAGAAAA